CAGAGAACCUGAACUCCAACGUUGACCGUGUCUUCUUCUUCCUUUUCUUCUUGUUGCUGUUCCAGUGACUACUCAAAAAUGGCUUCAGGUAUUUUUCAGGUUGGAGGUUCUCAUUCCCCGUCGUUGCAACCGCAUUCAUCUUCCCGCCAAAAGCUUCUGCCUCUCUCUCCGACGCUGAAAUUGAAAACCCGACCCUUUCUGUUUCAUUUAUCUAACCGAUCUUCUUCUUCUUGUUCGUUGGUUGCAUCGGCAAUCUUACCUAAGUUGAACUUGAAUGUCCCUCUCAUUUCUCCUCACGACACAUGGGGCAACUGGACCGCUCUCUUCGCCGCCGCGGCUUUUGGAAUCUGGUCAGAAAGAACCAAGAUUGGAAGCACGCUGAGUGGUUCUCUUGUGAGCAUUUUGGUGGGACUUGCAGCAAGUAAUUUGGGGAUUCUUUCCGUUGAAGCUGGCGCCUACGAUGUUGUUAUGCGCUUUCUGCUCCCUCUCGCUGUUCCCUUGCUCCUCUUCAGGGCUGACUUGCGCCGCGUCAUCAAAUCCACUGGCACACUUCUCUUGGCUUUCUUGUUGGGUUCAUUUGCAACUACAGUUGGAACAGUAGUAGCUUAUCUACUUGUUCCAAUGCGAUCACUUGGUCAGGAUAGUUGGAAGAUUGCAGCUGCUCUCAUGGGAAGACAUAUUGGUGGAUGUAACUCUCUUUUUACUUCUUACGGCUCAUUAUUAAUAUUGCUGGAAAUAUUUGUAUCUUCAAGUCAGACACGGUUUCACUCUGAUAAUUUCCCCCCUUAUUAUGCAGCUGUUAACUACGUUGCCAUAUCUGAUGCCCUCGGUGUUUCCUCGUCAACUUUAACUGCCGGCUUAGCUGCGGAUAAUGUUAUUUGUGUAGUGUAUUUUUCAACAUUGUUUGCUUUGGGGUCUACAAUGCCUCCAGAGGCCUCAACAUCAGUAAACGAUGAUGGAAUGACUACCAUGUCUGAGUCUGGUAACAAACUUCCAGUGCUACCAAUGGCUACUUCUCUCGCUGUGGCCUUUGCCAUCUGCAAGGUUGCCACCUUUCUUACAGGGUAUUUUGGAAUCCAAGGGGGCACUCUGCCUAUCGUAACAGCAAUUGCCGUGAUUCUGGCAACUGUAUUUCCCAAACCAUUUGCUGCUCUUGCACCCUCUGGUGGGGCUAUGGCUCUGAUUCUCAUGAAGGUAUUCUUUGCGGUGAUAGGUGCAAGUGGGAGCAUAUGGAGUGUCAUCAACACAGCACCUAGUAUUUUUCUAUUUGCUUUUGUUCAGAUAGCAGUCCAUCUUGCUAUAAUCCUUGGACUGGGAAGACUUUUUCGCUUUGACUUGAAGCUGUUGCUUAUUGCAUCAAAUGCUAAUGUUGGAGGCCCAACAACGGCAUGUGGAAUGGCAACUGCAAAAGGAUGGAGCUCUCUAAUUGUGCCUGGCAUUCUUGCUGGUAUAUUUGGAAUUUCUAUGGCCACUUUUCUCGGCAUUGGAUUUGGUCUGACAGUCUUAAAACACAUGUAAAAUUCCCAAGUUCUUUAUAUGCAAACAUUCCAUGUAAUCGAAGAUCUUC